AUGCACGAAGACAUCGCGGCGGAGGAGGUUAUCCAUCGUCAGCGGAAAGCUAUAAAAUCGGCGGAGGCAAGGAUGGGCGCAGAAGGCCCCUUCAAGACUUCCAGGCUCCCUGUAUCACAUACUGCCGGAGUCGACCAGACACGACGCCAGCGAGUAAACCGGGAAGCUGCGGCGCACUAUCAAUCAAGGACAGGUGCCAAGAGUUGGAACGAGCCGGUGUCCAUGCUCACGUCAUACAAGUAG